AGGGCGGAGCCAGUUUGGUUGCAUUUUCACCCGUACAUAGGCGCGGACCGGCGUGUCCUUGGGAUUACAGAGCGGGACGUUUGGCUUGUGAGCGGGAACGGUUUAGUCGUACACGGAGAAAGAACGGUGGGCGCGGAGCGCGGAGGCCACGGCAGAUUUAAAAAUGGGUGAUAUUGAGAAGGGCAAGAAGAUUUUUGUUCAGAAGUGUGCCCAGUGCCAUACUGUGGAAAAGGGAGGCAAGCACAAGACUGGGCCAAAUCUCCAUGGUCUGUUUGGGCGAAAGACAGGUCAGGCUGUCGGAUUCUCUUACACAGAUGCCAACAAGAACAAAGGCAUCACCUGGGGAGAGGAGACGCUGAUGGAGUAUUUGGAGAAUCCCAAGAAGUACAUCCCUGGAACAAAAAUGAUCUUCGCUGGCAUUAAGAAGAAGUCAGAAAGGGCAGACUUGAUAGCUUAUCUCAAAAAAGCUACUAAUGAGUAAUAGUUGGCCACUGCCUUAUUUAUUAUGAAACAGCUGUCUCAUGACUUUUUAUGUGUACCAUAUUUAAAUUGAUCUCAUACACUAGAAUUCAGGUCAUGAAUAGCUGAUGUAAUAUUUCUGUCCUGAUUUAAAUAAGAUUGGCUUGUGGCUAAAUGAAUAUGGUCAGCUUUUUGAAUUUUGAUAGUAAUUCUGGUUCAGCAAGUACUGUCAGUGUUUCCCCCUUCUAAAGAGAUGAUUAAACUUGAAUAAGGAAUGUUAAACUUUUCAGGGAUAUGGUGAAUGCCUUCUCAAACCCUAUAGGAGAUUGGUUUUAUAUUUAGAUUUCUAUAACUGGUUAUAUUAAUAUAUUUAAAUAUUGAGAAGCUCCCUUCACUGUCUCAUAGACCAGCAAGAUUCACCUGUGUUUCAAGUUGUGUUCAUUCACCUGUUAAGGCAAGGGCUGAAGAUACACUGACAAUGUCCACUUUAUCUUUUUGGUCUUAAAUAUGCCAAUUUAAUUAAAAUUCUCCAUCUAAAAUAUUGCGUUUUACUUAAGGGCAUUUUAGUGUGGUUUAUGUAUAGCAUCAGAUAAAGAAUAUUUAGUACUUCUCACAUUUUAGAGAUGAUCUUUAAGAUCAGAUGUUUUUAAAAUUCACUGUGACAUGAUAGGUUGGGAAACUUGCUUGUGAAUUCUUUACAAAGUCAGACUAAGUUAUAAUUCAGGAUUGUCUUUUAAACAGGUAUUCAGAAACACAACUGUAGAACUACUGUAGGUAUGUGAUUGGUAAUGAUGCUUUUGCCAACUCAGAAGGGUUAAGGUAGAGGAGCUCUAUCAUUAGCACAGAUUUGUAAAUUAUCUGAUCAUAAGGCUUGAGAAUUAAAAACAAAGUCACAGAUCA